AUGAUGAUUUCAGGUAGGGCAGGAGUUCCCAUGGAAGUGAUGGGUCUGAUGUUAGGAGAGUUUGUGGAUGAUUAUACUGUCAGAGUCAUUGAUGUGUUUGCAAUGCCACAAAGUGGAACUGUAAGUCAUUCAUUUAUGUUUAUUACUAUCAGAUAUACAUAUUAAUUAAAAUAAUGUUCAUUUUUACUCACUUCAUCCAACUCACUACUGUUUUUGAUUUACAGUAAUAAAAGUUGCAAUUUUUUUUCUGUGCUUUUUCACAUGUAAAACUUUCAAGUUUGUUUUGAAAAAUCAUCAAACCAAUUAAUCAACAAUUUACUGGUCGGCAAGGCUGUGCUCUAGCAGUGUCCGGUGACCCCCUGUGCCUAACUUUUGCUCUUGGGUGACUAGAAAGUCUUAGCUUUUUUUCAUACAAAUCAUAUGCUGUCCACCCUGGAUUUCUCAAGUUCAGAGUAACUGUAUUGGGCUCCCUUCAUUUUUUCAUAGAGCACAGCCUUUACUGGAUCGCCACCAUGCUUAAACACUUUGAUAAAACAAGCCAUUGAAACAUAGGAUUUACCAGAAACAUAGUUAAGUCCCUUUGAUAUAAGAUGGUCAUACAUUCUAACCUGAUAAUGUAAAUGUAUUAUACUGGAAAAAUCAAGGAAGCUACUGCACAGUGUAUAGAGAUUAAGGCCAGACACCCAUCUCUUCAUUGUUGUCACCAUACUCCUAUACUGCUUUAUGGUUAGGUGACUAAUAUGUUGCAUGUUACUACCCCUAAUCAACCAGACUGAUGAAAACUGAGUGACUCAGCCUAAAUAGCAAUAAUACAUUGGUGAAAUUCCUUACGUCCUAGUUAAAUUCUUUCAAAUGAUGUGUCUGGAACGUAGAACAAACGUUUUUGCUUCUAUUUUUACCCACACACCCUGUAACAUCACAAAUAUUAUUAUAUUUGAUUGGUCUUUUUGCUCUGUUUUGUUCGUAUUAGUUAUUUAUUGAUAUAUAUUUACUUACAGGGUGUAAGCGUUGAGGCAGUAGAUCCUGUCUUCCAAGCAAAGAUGUUGGACAUGUUAAAACAGACUGGCAGGUGAUUUAUUUUUCCUCAUUACAUUCAUAUUAUUCUUUGCUCUGGAAUGCACCAAAAGCCAAAAUUUAAACCUAGUCUGAAUCUCCAUUUUGUAAAAGUGUUGAAGCAUAGAAUAUGACCAAGCAAAUAGAUCAGUGCAUGUAGCUUUAUGUGAAUGCUCACUUUUCAGAGUUUAUCCAAAGACUCAAAAGUUGGAAUUACUUUAUUACAUGAUUGUACACUGUACCACAGAAAAUUAAUGUUUGGUUCCUUGCAUUUCAGUGGUCAAAUUUUAGGAUUAGUGUAUACCAUUAAGGUGUUUUGUACAGUUUUUCCACAUUAUAACAUUCCCUGUUUUGAUGUUGUGCAAAUUUUUCCAAAUUAAUAUUCACCAUACAUACCUCCAUGAUUAGGACAUUUCAGUGAGAAUAUAUUGUCAAUGAUUUACUUUCAUAAGAAGCAAUAAAAUUCAUGGAGUCAUGGAAGUAUGUAUGGUGCACCCUGAUUUGGAGAAAUUAGCAUAAUGUCAUUAUAGUGAAUGUUGUAAUGAGGAUUUUUUGCCGGUUUGUAGGCUAGGUUUUUCUUGAAAGUUGAAGGUGUUACAUGGAAUUAAUCUCAGUGAAAGUUUCAGACAUCAUAAAUUAUAUUUAAGAUUAUGUCAUGAGAUUUUAAAAGAAUUCUGUCAAGCCAUUCCAGAGAUAUACAGAAAAGCGCGAAAAGUCGAAAUUUAGAAUAACAUUGCACUUAGACAGGUGGUGAUAAAACAAUGUUAGUUUUCAGGAUCACAAGGAAAAAAAUACACCAAAAUUUCCAAGCAGUGAAAAAUGAUAUUUAAGUAGCAUUCUGAGGUUACUUAAGGUUAAUAAGAACUUUUUUAUUAAACAAUUGGAAUAUUUUCACGUUUUAUUUGAAUUCAAACACACAGAACUUUUUACUUCUCACAGAGUUUAUUUGCUAAAAACCACACUUUAAGUUCCUGUUGUUAGAUUUUCUGAGUAGCAGGUCUAGAUCACACAAAAAUUGGCCUUUAUCCACUUCAAAGUUUUUUGUUUAUUGUUGUCAUAGUGAUAUUGAUUUCACUGCAUUUUGGCAAACUUCAAUCCAUAAUCAGUUAGUGGAGAAAAUUUUAUAGUGAUUGGACAAGGAUAAAUCAUUUUUAAAGCGAUUGAAAAAUAUUGGUAUGGCCUCUGAAAAACUGUAUCAAAACACCUUAACAGACAGCAUAAUAAACACCAGUACAGGAAAGUACUGCUCAGUAGCUUUCAUUUGAAUGGUCACACCACAGGAUUUUAUCCACAGACUCAAAAGUUAGAACUACAUACUAAAUAAAAUAGUACCAUGUGAAAGUACUGCUGAAGAGGUUUCAUUUGAAUGGUCACACCAUAGGAUUUCAUCAACAGACUUAAAAGUUGGAACUACAUGCUAAAUAAAUAGUACCAUGUGAACUUACUGCUAAAGAGGUUUUAUUUGAAUGGUAACACAGUAGGAUUUCAUCCCCAGACUCAAAAGUUAGAACUACAUACUAAAUAAAUAGUACCAUGUGAACUUACUGCUGAAGAGGUUUCAUUUGAAUGGUAACACAGUAGGAUUUCAUCCCCAGACUCAAAAGUUAGAACUACAUACUAAAUAAAUAGUACCAUGUGAACUUACUGCUGAAGAGGUUUUAUUUGAAUGGUAACACCAUAGGACUCAUCCACACACUCAAGAGUUAAAACCACCUUGUACAACAUAACUCUUCGUUACUUCCAAAUUUGUGAAAUGAAAGUACAUGUUGAAAUAAUAAUUAUUCUCAUAUGGGUUUUGCAUAUCCUGAUGCCUUCCUCAGAAGUUACUGAACCCUCAGUAAUUAGCCUGCGCUGCAGACGAAGCUAAACUCUGGUUAAGUCCGUCUGCGAAGUACGACAAAAUCCUUGUUCUUGGCCACCACCUGUAUACCAGGAUUUGAGUACGUGCCAUGAUUGGCCUGUUAAAAAUGCUAUUGUUGAUUUGCCAAUCAAGAUGAAAUAAAAUUCGAAAUGUCAUUCCUGUAAUUUGUUGAGUCCAUUUGGGGCCAGAACAAGAAAAUUGGCGCUGCUCCAAAGAUGUUACUAACCAAGGUUGAAUACGUCUGUGAUGCAGGCUACUCAGUAAUAGACUAUAGGAUAUUCUGAGCGGUACAGCUGUAGACAUUGUUGUUUGUUUGUUUCUUAGGCCAGAAAUGGUAGUUGGUUGGUAUCACUCUCACCCAGGCUUUGGCUGCUGGCUCUCAGGAGUUGAUAUUAACACUCAGCAGGUACGUAUUGCAUGUACAUGUUCUGGUUCAAUUUAUCCUUGGUUUAAAUUUUAUUUCCCUUUGUUUUGGGGUAUGGAAUGUAUGAUAAUGAGUGAAAAACAAAGAGAAAUAAAAUUUAAACCAAGGACAAAAUUGAACCACAACAUACACAUUGAACUGGCAUAAAAAUCAUCUUAUGUAUAUGGAAGUAAAAAAAAAACUAAGAGUAUUGGAAUAAACAAGGUCAUGCAUUAGUGAGGGAUCUGGAAAAUCAUUUUGAUACAUUGUGAUUCCGUUGGUGUUGUAACUUUGAGAACGCUGCUCAGGUGCAUGGUUUAUACCUUUUGUACUGGCAUGUGCCCUGUUUCUUUGGGCUUAAUGGAUUGACCUAUUUUUUUCGAGAAUGGCCUUGGGCUUCAGUGUUCGCACGCACCUUGAAAGUCCUUGAAAGUCCUUGAAUUUUAAAAUAUAAAUUCAAGGCCUUGAAAAUCCUUGAAAAUUGCAGUCGUUCCUGUAAAGUCCUUGAAUUUCGGUGCUAACUUUGUCCAACCUGGUUUCUCAAAUACCUACAAGGAACAAACACAGAAAGACCUUCAGGAUAAAAUUGCUCAUGUUGUGGAAGAACUAAAAAAGACAUAGACUCAAGACUUUUUAGCAUUGAAUGGAGUCUUUGAAAAAUGGGAAAUGUGUUUUUGAAAGUCCUUGAAAAGUCCUUGAAAUUUUUGUUCAAAAAAGGUACGAACUGUGGGGCUUAUUUGCUAUAAAGACCAUGCAGACUAGAGCCUCUUUCCCUGGAUAACGAACUCACAUAUUUUCCCUGAUGAAGGCAGCAUUGCCGAAACGCCGGAGUUUUAUUUGCAGUUAUCAACAUUUAUUAAACUUACCACCUUCACACUUUUAACACACACAAACGCUACGCAGGAACCCCUUUUAUUUAUUUCCUCUUUAUUGUGACCCACACCCAACAAAACCCAUGUAAGAAAAGCUCAAAACUCACUCACCAGAGGUUAAAACCACUUAACUUGCUCUAGCCUGCGUACACGAGUCUCUCAGCGUGGGGUGAAUGACUCCCUCUCCCACCCCAUGUCAUGCAAAACUAGAGCUUGUCGGCGUUAUGCAGGCUAGAAAGGCUCGAUUCACCAGCAGUGUAUUACUGAAGAUUCGUCAGCAAUAUCAAGCCGAAAUUAAUUAUUAAGUGCUAACAAUUUACUGUUGUUUCACUUAGAGCUUUGAAGCGCUGUCCGAGAGAGCUGUAGCAGUUGUUGUUGACCCUAUACAGAGUGUCAAAGGAAAGGUAUGGUCUCAUUGUAAAGAAAAUGACACGGCAUUGUGAUCAUAAAUCCAACUAGACUGAACUUUUCACAUGCAGUGUAAUUAACCAUGGAACUAGAUCCCCAUGUUGCAAACAUGCAGGGCGCGUUAAGUUUGAGCCCCUGUUUGUCCCAAAUGUGGAUAGGCCCUUUACAGCUAUGGAUCAUACGACCCUUCUCCUACCAAAAUCAUUGGAUACAAACUGGCCUUUGAGGACUAUCGUGCAUUCAUAUGGUCACCUUUCACAUGAAUACGUGGCAAACAUGUUCGCCUACCCGUACCCAAAACGAAAGCAAGCGUUCUCUAAGGUAGAACGAGUAAACAUUGGCCAUUAAAAAAAAAUUCUGAUGUGCCUUUAAUUUGGUGACCGGUCGUUUCGCCUACGCCAGGGAGUCGUUUCGCUAACGUCCCGUUCGCGAACGUCUCAUUUCGUUCCGCCAAGAAGCGAGACGAGCGCUGCGCAUGAAUAAGCUUCGUUCUCUCAGUCAUGAUACAAAAAAGUGGGAUACGCACGUAUCUACUUCGUUCUUUGAGCCACUGAUCAGGUGAAAGCAGUUAGGGAACUGACCCAACACCUACACGAAACGACUUCAGAAGUGGGCGAACAGGACGUUGGCGAAACGACUCGUAGGCAAAACGACUGUUAACCUUUUAAUUUAUAUUGUUUAUUUUGUAUUGUUUCAAACCACUCGUUUAGGUGGUAAUUGACGCCUUCCGACUCAUCAAUCCCAACAUGAUGGUGCUAGGUCAGGAAUCAAGGCAGACCACUUCCAAUCUUGGACAUUUGCAGAAGCCUUCAAUACAGGUGCAAGUUCUUUCUACAGAAAAUCAAUAUGGUUUAUUUAUUAGAAGCCUUUAGAUUCGAGGAGGAGAGCGAGAUUCAAUUUAAGGUUUUUUCGCUUGAAAAAAGACACCCCGGAAAGCUUCAUUGUACCUUUAUUCAUCAGAAAAGGUUACACGGCGAUCUUCCCUUAACAUUAAUUUUUUCUGGUCUUUUACAAAAAGAUGUGUUUAGAGGAGGGUGAAGUUUGGCGAAAAGCAUUUUCAAACAAAAUUCUUGUCACGCUUGUCACACAAGGUUUGCGGUCGUCCUUCCUCUCCUGUCCUGUGUGUGCGCACUAUUUAAUAAUGAGAAAAUCUCGUACUCGUAUACGCCCUCAUCGUAAAAUCUAGUGGCCUCUAUUCUCUUCUGAAAAUUUUUGUGCUUAUUUCUUUUUUUUUUUUAGGCUUUGAUCCAUGGUCUCAAUAGACACUAUUAUUCCAUCUCCAUCAACUACAAGAAGAAUGAACUUGAACAGAAGGUUUGCAUGUAGCUUUUAUUUCUAUAUUUAUAAACAGCGUUUAUGUACCACAUGUAAGACUUAAGUUAUUUUUCUAGCCAAUCAAAAAGCUCUUAGACAACCAAAUGAGCCAAUCAUAUCGCAAGUCUAUGUAGCUGACGCCAAGCGCGGGAAUUGCCGUGUGUGCAAGGUUUGGGGAGCAAGGGUGGCGCAGUGGCGAGAGCACUUGCCUCCCACCAAUUUGGCCCGGGUUCGAACCCCCGGGAGUUAUCUCAUAAGUAUGUUGAGUAUGAUCGUCCGGGUGAAUGUAGUCCUGAAUAGGACUGUUGUUGUUGACAGCGAGUGACGUUUCGACAACCUGUGCGGUGGUCAUCUCCAGAGUCAAGUGAGUUGUAUCACGUCAGUUCAUGGUCUUAAACUAUGGUUAUUGAUCUGUCAUCCCACGUGGUACAGACACCGCCAUGCUGGGGAGCAAAACAUGCACUGGGAGAAAACAAUAACAUUUACCAUUUUAAAUGAUGUCAGCUCUUUCAGUGUCCUGUGUCAGUGCGUGUCUUGGUCUCUAGAAUGGCACCUUUGAACCACGUGAAUGACUGGCAGCAAAGGGUCUAUUCUGCCUAGACUACGAGUAGUCUCCAGUUUUCCUCAGGGAUAGUAGAGCGAACGAAACGCGAGCGCGCUUGAAAAUCACCCCACGCGAGAAAGGCGAGACGCGGCGGGGAGAGGAAAAAUUGGGACUCGUAGUCCAAUUCUACCAGAUGAUCGCAUUUCUAAUUCUGAAGUUUCUGUUCCUCAGAUGUUGCUGAAUCUACACAAGAAGACGUGGAUGGAUGGAUUAACUUUACAAGAUUAUGACGGACACUGUGCGCUUAAUCAGAAAACAGUGAAGGUAUGUUGAAUGGCUUAGCUCCAUGAUUACCACCCUUUUCGCUGAGGGGUGUGGAUUCCACGUGCCCCAAAAAGCUGAUAAAAGUUUGACUUAUUCAGAUUCCUGAAGGGAAGCAGGUCUAUCUGGGAUAAAAACUAUUACGAAAAUCACUGCGCAAAGUUUCAGUUGUGUAGGAGCUGCUCGUAAGGUCUCUCCUGAUUGGUCGCAGAAAACAAUGACGUAAUUUUUUAAUUGUUUCGGUAUUUUUUGGGGGGUCAGGGUUAAGCACCAUUGGUGACUUCUCUUUCGAGCAGAUGCUACAUGACCCCAAAGUUUAGUGUGUAAACCUGAAACACCCUCUCAAGACGUCUUUUUUUUUGGAAAACUCGAUUUGCGUUCUUCCGUCUUUUUGAACAGAAAUAUCUGGACAAGGUUUAAACACGGGAUUAAAAAACUUUAUUUUUUUUUCUUGCAGGAAAUGUUAGAGCUUGUCAAAAAUUACCACAAGGUAGGUGACGACGGUACUAGCACCCUUUCUUGACACAGCAAAGAAAUUAACUCGUUCUUCACUUUCGGGUCAAUCAAGUCAAGUCCCUUCGAGAGUGUAGCUAGUAUUUCAUUUCAACAUCUAUACAAGGCUAGGGUUUGGGGGCAGUCUCCUGAAAGCCUUUUAAAGUUGCCUUGCACAACUCAAAACAAUUUUGUCUUCUUUGUGUUCUUAAAUAAUCAAUCAUUUACAGGUCACUGUAGAUUAUUCUUUCUUCAGGAAGAUAUACUGCAGACAAUUCUUGGUUUUUGUUGUUACCGAAAAUCUACCAAAAGUCCUUUAUUAAAUAGGUAUUCUACGCAACACCUGAGUCGAUGAGUGUUAAAUCCUUUUGUUUGUUUGUUUGUAGGCAGUGGAAGAGGAAGAUACUAUGACCCCAGAACAACGAGCGAUAAAAAAUGUCGGCAAACAGGUGUGUAUGUAAUGAACGGUACCGAAACAAGCGUUUUUGACACCUUUUCAGAGCAAUUUUUUACUCUUGCCUCGCGUUGUACGGCUGAAAGUUAAGGUCAUGGUUAAAAUAUCAUGUACCAUGGUUUGUGGUUCGGUAGGCAACAGUUAUAAAACUAUGAAAAUUCUCUCGCGUUUGGUGACGCUGGGGUGGCCAUUUAAAUUUUAAAUAGGUAGCAGGAGCCCAUGAUUGUGGGCUCUUAUAGGCAGUCAGCUGGUUACCAGAUAGACUACGAGUCUACGAACAGUCUGUCUUUUUUGUUAGUCCGUCGAGCGAAACUCGCGAGACACGAAAAUGACCACUCCCGUGACUGAAGGCGCGUGCACUCCCUCACUAAGACCCUGUUUACAUGGCGUGGGGGACCCCGGUCUAGCAGGGUAAGUUUCUUUUGUUUUGUGUCCCCCAGAGCGUGAAAACAAAAGAAACCAACCCCACUAGACCGGGGUCCCCCACUCCAUGUAAACAGGCCCUAAAUCUGAUGGAGAGAAUGUUCGCGGUCUAGUUACCAGAAAGCUCCGGAAACCGUCGUCUCAGACUAAUCUCAGUCAAAUUCUUGGUUCAGACAUCGCGCCAGCUGACCGCGUAGUUAAACGUCAGAAUUCAACAUUUUCACAUUGCCCAUAAAACUCCUCGUUUACCCCUUCCCCCAAUUUUGCAAAAGCAUUCUUUUCAAUUUUUCUUGGGACGACUGUAGUACCCAGUAGAAGAAGAAAACAGUGGAUAGGCAAAAUUUUGGGGGGUAAACAAGGUGUUUUCUAGGCAAUGUUAAAUGUUGAAUGGCCAACAGAAAACCAACUACAUGCCUUUCUAUAGCAAUGAUAUAACUGGCGUACUUGGCGUGCUUUCAAUCCAGGUUAUUCUAAUCGGAUGCGUGAGGCCUCGGUGCGUCCCUUACUAACUGCUACUUAAAGGCGUAAUCAAGUUGGCCAGCUGCAUCAUCCCUAUUCAUUAUCACAAGUUAACUUGUAAACAGACACAGUCAAAGCAUUCAAAAAUUAUUCUUUAAUGGGACAAAAUCGUAGUGUCUUAUUUCAUUUUAGAAUACAAAAAGAAAUGACGUUAUCUUAGUAAAUAACUCUUGUUUACCAGUUAUUAGAACUACUUAAAGAAAUUUUUUUGUUUUUUGGGUGGGGGGNAAGGUGAAUAGUGAGACCUACCUAGCAGUACUGCCCUGUAAGUGAAAACUACGGAGCAAUACUGUUGACUCUGGUUAUUUCUGGCCUUUGAGUUUAAAUAAAUGGCAUCUCUUUAUAUAGCGAAUCAGAUUCAGUUACUAAUAGAGGGUGCUUACCGUAAGUCACUUAGACUGGCCGGCCAGAUCAGUCCAUUUGCAAAGAGAAGUUAAAACGUUUAAUAAGAACCGUCCAUCCAGAUAACUUAACUCCAUACCUAAUAGAAUGUGCGGCAGUGAUAGGUUUUAUCGAAAACUUUCUAGCCUGAGAAAGCAGCAGUCAUUUGGCGACGCCACCAACGAAUUCCCGCGGGGAAACUGGCAGGUAAAAACACAGGUCACAAGUGCAAGUCACUGGUUUAUUGAUAGAUCACUGAGAUAAGCAGUUUCCCCUUGAGCUAAAACUCUAUUUUGGAGUGUGAUUAGGGCUAGGAGACACUUUUAGAGUUGUUUAUUUACCGUACCACGGUGACCGCACUCUAACCUACACUCGUGAUCUGUUACCUGUUACCUGUGCCGCGGGGAAACCGUUGGUGACGUUGCGAAAUGUCGGUAGCCUGUGUAGCAUGGCGGUUUUGUCGGGCGCACCACUGAGCCGCAAAAGCGCGCGCGAACGAGCGGGCGAAGCAACGAGAAAAAUAAAAACCAGCGCAGUUUCACUGCCCUCGCCCACCUUGGCUUGUUGGCGCGCCCGACCAAAACCGCCGUGCUAUGCACGCUAAAUGCCGGCUCUUUUCUGAGGCUAAAGACCCUCAAAACGACCCGUUUGGAGUCCAGUCCCGCCGGCUUAUUCUGACUCUUGGUAAGCGCCCCAAGUCUAAGCUAGACUUCAAACCAAAUCCUUCUUUGUGUUUUUAUCAGGAUCCCAAGCGCCAUCUUGAGGAAAGCGUAGAAGUAAUGAUGACAUCAGAUAUUGUUCAAUGCCUGGGUGCUAUGCUUAACUCCGUUGUCUUCUAGCCUAACUAAAACGGAUCGCUUGUAAUUUGUACAGAAAAAAUAAAGCUUAAUUGUCUCUUUAGUCAUUUGGAGUGUUUUUCAGUAAUGCAUCAGUACAAUGCAAUAAAUUGUAUGCGUACUUUAUUUCGUGGGUUUACCACCUAAGCCUUGGUUUGGAAAUUCGUUGACUAUACAACUCGACGGGGUUGCUUAGUGGGAUAGCAUCCU